AUGUCACAAUCAUCAAGAAAAAAACUAUUACUAAUGGGUAGAUCAGGUUCAGGUAAAUCAUCAAUGAGAUCUAUUAUAUUUUCAAAUUAUUCAGCAUUUGAUACAAGAAGAUUAGGAGCAACAAUAGAUGUUGAAUUAUCUCAUUUAAGAUUUUUAGGAAAUAUGUCAUUAACUUUAUGGGAUUGUGGAGGACAAGAUGUAUUUAUGGAUAAUUAUUUUACAAAUCAAAAAGAUCAUAUUUUUAAAAUGGUACAAGUAUUAAUACAUGUUUUUGAUGUUGAAAGUAAACUGAUUAAUAAAGAUAUUGAAAUUUUUAUAAAAUCAUUGACAAAUUUACAAAAAUAUAGUCCUGAUGCUAAAAUUUUUGUUUUGUUACAUAAAAUGGAUUUAGUUCAAAUUGAUAAAAGACAAGAAUUAUUUAAUAUAAUGAUGGAAAAAUUACAAAAAAUAAGUAAUCCUUAUCAGUUCAAAUUGAUUGGGUUCCCAACUAGUAUAUGGGAUGAAAGUUUAUAUAAAGCUUGGUCACAAAUUGUAUGUUCAUUAAUUCCAAAUAUCAAUUUGUUUAAUAAUAAUUUAAUUAAAUUUAAUUCUAUAUUGGAUGCAGAAGAAAUUAUUUUAUUUGAAAAGACAACUUUUUUGGUAAUAUCAUCAACUGCAUCAAUCAAACAACAACAAUUACAACAACAAAAAUUAUUAAAUGGUGGGGGAACACAAAAUGGUCAACAACAGAAUGGAGAACAACAAGAAGAAACUCAAGAUAAUUCACUAGAUUUAGACCCCAAAAGAUUUGAAAAAAUAUCAAACAUUAUCAAAACAUACAAACAAUCAAUAUCAAAGUUAAGAACAAAUUUUAAUAAUCUUAUAAUAAGAGGUUCAAAUGGGACGAAUUUUUAUAUUGAUAUAUUAACUGAAAAUAUGUUUAUAAUGAUUAUUCUAAAAAAUAAAAAUGAAAUUGAAUCAGAUUCAGGUUUCAAAAUUAAUCAAAAUGAAGAAUUAUUAGUUUUGGAUAAUAUAAGGUCAGCUAGGAAAUGGUUUGAAAAAAUUGAAAAUUCUAAAUGA